GAAACCCUAUUUUUUUCCCCGUUAACUCUCGGUCAUUCAUCAAUGGCGGCAUUUCACAGAAACCCUGGAAUCCAUAUCGCUCGAAGGCUCCUCUGUACCGUCUCUUCGUCUGCAGCAGAGAAUCCCUCAACCUGGACAUUUCGGGCGGCGAAGUCUGCCAUCCGACACGAGUCAAAUCCGGAGAGAAUCGCCGAGAUCUUCCAAAACUGCUCUAGUUUCUCUCGUUUCCGCAGAGACAGACACGUCUUCAAUCUCUCCGUUGAGAGGCUAGCCGAUUUCGACCGUUCCGAUCUCAUCGAAAGCAUCCUUGAAUUUCAGAAAUCUCCGGAGUGGAAGAAAUCCGAGGGUUUCUGGAUCCGAAUCAUGAUGUUAUACUCCGACUCCGGCAUGGUUGAUCAAGCUGUCCGUACUUUCCAUGAUAUGGGUGAGACGGGUUUCAAUCGAACCGAAAAAUCUCUCUGUGCUCUUCUCAGUGUCUUCUUGGAUAACCGUCAGUUUGAUCGUGUUCAUGAAAGCUUUGCCGAGAUUCCAACGAAAAUUGGUGUUUCUCCAGGUGUUAAGCCCUACAAUAUUGUUUUGAAAGCCUUCUGCAAGCAGAAAUCGGUUGAAUCAGCUCGUUCUUUGCUCCAUAAGAUGGAAGAAGAAAAAGGGGUAAAACCUGAUAUUGCUUCUUAUAAUAUCGUGUUAGGCAGUUAUCUUAAAAAUGAAGAUGAACUUAAUUUUGAUCAAGUUUUGAAAGAAAUCUUUGAGAAAGGAUUGGGACCUAACUUAACUACUUAUAAUUAUAGAAUGUCAAGGCUCUGUAGAACAAAUGAGUGUGUUAGAGCUAAUGAGUUGCUGGAUGAGAUGAUUUCGAACGGUAUUGUUCCCAAUUUGACUAGCUAUAAUACUGUUAUUGAUGGGUUUUGCAAGGUAGGGGAUUUUGAUUCGGCAAAGAAGGUGAUGGAGAGUAUGUCUAAGAGUGAGUCUGUGUUGCCGAAUUCUGAUACUUUCCGUUCUCUCAUUCACCAUUUGGUUGGAGAGGGGCAGUUUGAAGAGGCACUGAAGAUUUGUAAGGAGAGUAUAAGGAGGAAAUGGAUUCCUCCUUUUGUGACAAUGGUGGGUCUGGUCAAUGGUUUGGUUAGUUUAUCAAUGGUAAAUAACGCAAAAUGGAUUGUAAAUAGGAUGAAGAAGAGGCUUAGAGGUGGGGCCAUCGAUUCAUGGACGAAAGUUGAAGCUUCCCUGCCAUUGUAGCAGGGUAAUUAGCAAUGAUGAAGUGUACUGAGUGUGUCAAGGGGGAAUGGAUUGCAUCUUUCAUAUUGAUGGAUGUUCCUGUUAAUGGUUUUAGUUAAUAUCUCUGAAGUAGAACGAGGCAAAGGAGAUUGUGAAGAAGACUAGUAGAACUACUAUGCAUUCUUGUAUGAAUAUUGAAGCUACUCAUCCAUUAUAGGGUAGCUAAAAAACAUGGGAGUAUUGGAAAUUCAGUAAUCAGUAGAUUCAAACUGUUUGAAUUUCAUUU